AAGAUGAAAAAAAAAAACAAAAGAUAAAGGAAACAGGCGAUAGCAAUGCGUCCCUCCCCUCCUCCCGGAGUUUAGGAAACCAAAACCCUUAUCAGCUUAUCUUCUCUCUCUCUCUCUCUUCGCCGCCGUUCGCCGGCUCGUUUUCUCUCUCACGGCGGUUUCUCACUUCAACGCAUCGAACUCUUUGAUCCUUUGCCCAUGCCAUCUUCUUCACGAUCUACAUCGAUUCCGCCGGUGAAGAGGCGGCGAGAGUUUUUGUACCGAUCUAGGGCGCGGAAGAAGCAUAAGCGUCUUGAUGCCAUCCGUGACGAGCCCACAGCUUCCUAUAUCGCCCACCGCAAUCCCGCCGACGAUGACGCUGCUGUCCUUCGUCGCAGUUGUCGCGUACGUCGCGCCCCUGAUCUGCUGGAUUCCUCUCCCGUCCCCUCCCCUCGUAAGAAGAAGCUGAAAGAUCUCGAUCCUCCAAGCGGCAGCGAUGAGACGAAAAAAGGAAAGAAGGGGAUGCAUAAGAAAGAUCCUGUUUCGCAGGUGCCUUCAUGUUUGGGGAAAGAAGAGGACUGGAAGUCGAGGUUGCGGACUAGGGUUGGGAAGGGCUGGGAAAAGUCGUUAUCUUCAUCGCGUAGAUCUGAUGGGGUUUUUGCAGAAGUCAGGGUGUUGUAUCCAGUGGUGUUAGAGGAGAAUAUUGGAGUGCUUAAUUCGGUCAGGACCAGUCGGAGAAGGAAGAAGGUUGCUACUCAUGAGUUAUCAGAAGCUGCCAAUGAAGCUGGUAACGAAGAUGACACCUUACCGCUUGUAGACAAAGAUUUUACUAGUGGUUCGCCUGCAGAGAAAAGUUCUCAGGUAGAUGUAGUCGGAUUGGCUACUGAUGCUCAGCUUGGCAGUGAGCAAGCCAGGAUGUUGGAGAGUGCUGAAAAGGUUAUUGGGCUCGAAGAGCCGGAAUGUGUAAACACGAGCGUGCAGGAUGGAGGACCUAGUCAUGCAGUUGUGGAGGAGGAUACUCUUAUUCUUCAAUCCCGGGGAACAGAGGAGAAUGGUUCUGAUGAUCAUGGAUCUAAUCAGUCUUGCAAGCAUCCUGAUUCUUUUGAUACUGCGGAGAGAGAGGGUGAUUUGAAGGAUAACAUCCAGGAGACUGAGCAUAGUUUGAAAGAUCUUGACCAAAGAGUUUCGGUGUUAGAUGAGAAGAUUGCAAGCUUCAGAAUAAAGGAAGGAAGGAGGUGUGGUUUGUGUGGGUGUGGGAGUGAUGGGAAGCCUCCGAAAAAGCUGGUCCACGAAUCUUUUGAUAGUGAAAAUGAGGCUUAUGAAGGAUCGACGGCCUCAGAGGAACCGAACUAUAAUGUCUGGGAUGGGUUUGGAGAUGGACCUGGAUGGCUUGGUAAGCUUUUGGGUCCUUUAAUUGAUCGAUUUGGCAUUGCUCGUGUUUGGGUUCACCAACAUUGCGCUGUUUGGAGUCCAGAGGUAUAUUUUGCUGGCUUGGGAUGCUUGAAGAAUGUUAGAGCGGCACUAUGCAGGGGCAGGGCAUUAAAAUGUAGUCGUUGCGGAAGACCUGGAGCUACCAUUGGCUGUCGUGUUGAUCGGUGCCCCAAAACCUACCACUUGCCUUGCAGCCGUGUAGAGGGUUGCAUAUUUGAUCAUCGUAAAUUUCUCAUAGCAUGCAGUGAUCAUAGACGUUUUUUCCAACCACAUGGAAGUAAACAUGUUCUUCAAAUAAGGAAAAUGAAAGCUAAAAAAUUGAGGUUGGAUUUGCGAAAGGUCUCAAAUGAAGCCAGGCGAAAGGAUUUAGAAGCUGAAGAGAAGUGGUUGGAGAAUUGUGGAGAAGAUGAAGAGUUCUUGAAAAGGGAAGGCAGAAGACUUCACCGAGAUAUCUUAAGAAUUGCACCUAUCUACAUUGGUGGUUCUUCUGAAAGUGAAAAUCGAUACCCGGGCUGGGAAUCUGUGGCAGGUCUAGAACAUGUCAUUCAAUGCAUGAAGGAAGUAGUUCUUAUACCUCUUUUAUACCCUGAGUUCUUUGGCAGUCUGGGUCUUACUCCUCCAAGGGGAGUUCUUUUGCAUGGUUAUCCUGGUACAGGGAAAACUCAUGUGGUGCGUGCUUUAAUUGGGGCCUGCUCUCGUGGCGAUAAAAGAAUAGCAUAUUUUGCUCGUAAAGGUGCUGAUUGCUUAGGAAAGUAUGUGGGUGAUGCUGAGCGUCAAUUACGGCUACUUUUUCAGGUAGCGGAGCGAUCUCAGCCAUCUAUAAUAUUUUUUGAUGAGAUUGAUGGUUUAGCUCCACGUCGAUCUAAGCAGCAAGAUCAGACACAUAGUUCUGUUGUGUCAACACUGCUUUCCUUGCUUGAUGGCUUGAAAUCUCGUGGUUCAGUUAUUGUGAUAGGUGCUACAAAUCGUCCUGAUGCUGUUGAUCCUGCACUAAGAAGACCUGGGAGGUUUGAUCGUGAGAUAUUUUUUCCUCUGCCCACAGAGAAGGAUAGAUCUUCUAUUCUCUCACUUCAUACUAGAAGUUGGCCGAAGCCUUUAUCUGGAUCUCUUCUUUCGUGGAUUGCAAAUCAAACUGUUGGUUAUGCUGGUGCUGAUAUACAGGCCCUUUGUGCUCAAGCCGCUAUGCAUGCUUUAAAAAGGAACUGUGCUUUGCAAAAAAUUCUAUCUUCUGCUGCGGAAGGUUUGAUUCAAGGGAAACUCCCUUCUCUACCAUCAUUUAGGGUGGAGGAAAGGGACUGGCUGGCCGCUCUCAGAUUGGCACCUCCUCCAUGUUCUCGAAGGGAAGCAGGAAUAGCUGUAAAUGAUAUAGUUGCAUCACCUCUCCCUGCCCAUCUAAUUUCAUGUCUUCUACUACCACUUACUCAUUUACUUGUGUCUCUAUAUAUUGAUCAACAAAUCUGGCUCUCUCCUAUGCUUUUUAAGGCGUCAGAGUUUGUUAAAAAUGUUAUAGUUUCAGCUUUGGAGCAAAAGAGUGUCCCUGUGACAUUUUGGUGGUCACAUCUAGAUUAUCUUAUUCGGGAGCCUUUUAUUGCUGAAAAAAUUGAAAAUAAGUUUGCUCAAUUUGGUCUUAUAAUAGGUUCAUCAGGAUCUAAUCAUCAAAUUCUGUUGGAUGAGGUGGAUGAUGAAUCUGGUGAAAAUGAGAAGUUUGAUUCCGUUGGAAUGAAACCUUGUGAUUCUAAUAUGCAUAAAAUGUUAAUGCGAAAGAGCCCUCUUGGAGUUGGAAAAUCCCAAGGAUUUCGAAUUCUGAUAUCUGGGCCUCCAAGAUCUGGCCAACAACAUCUUGCUAGUUGUCUUCUUCAAGGAUUCACGGGGCAUGAAGAUAUUCGGAAGGUUAGUUUGGCUACCAUUUCACAAGAGGGACAUGGAGAUAUGAUUCAUGGACUAACACAAAUUCUAUUGAAAUGCCUGGAUGUUGGUCGGUGCAUAAUCUACAUGCCUAGAAUAGAUUUAUGGGCUAUUGAGGACUCUGCAGACCCGAGUGUCAGUGAGAGUCAAGUCAAUCCUGAAAAAAGUCCGUCUAUGACAGAAAAGAUUACCGUCGUCGGUAGAAGGGGUACUUCUGAAAUGUGGAAUUCAUUCGUUGAGCAGGUAGAUUCUGCUGUUACUGCUGCAUCAUUGACUAUCCUGGCUACAUGUGAAGUGGAAAAGGCUGACCUUCCUCUAGGUUUAAUGCGUUUUUUUUCACGGGAUGUGCGAGGUCAUACUAAUUCUACUUCAACAGAUUGCACAAUAUCAAGAUUUUUUAUCCAUAUUGAUAGAAAGCUUGAUCUUGAGCGGGCAAUCAAUUCAGCUGCAGAAAAGCUGUCAUAUGACCUAAUCCUGCAUUAUCUUAAAUUAAUACAUGAGCGAACUCAUUUGAGAUAUUAUUCUGAAGAUAAACAUAAAAUUCCACAUUUGGAUAUUAAUUCAGAAGCUCAUAAGCAAAGUUUGCACCAUGAGCUAGUCACUCAAGAGGUAAAAGUUCAAGAAGCAAGUGCUGGAAAGACCAUUAUUUCAAGCAACACAUUAUUAGAGCCAGAAUGGAUUGCUUCAAAUGGCGAAGCUUCUUGCAUAAAGGACCAAAAUUUUCAACAAUUAAACAGUACAGUUUUGCCUCAAAGUGGAGGAGACGGUGUUGUUCGUUCCCAACCUUAUGGUUUGCAAGAUUCAUUUCCAAAAACCUGUAAAGUUUUGAAGGGAAACUUGAUUUUAGCUAUAGCAACAUUUGGAUAUCAGAUUCUUAGAUAUCCACAAUUCGCUGAGCUUGUUUGGGUGACAUCAAAAUUGAAAGAAGGUCCUUGCGCUGAUGUAAGCGGGCCAUGGAAACGUUGGCCUUUUAAUACUUGUGUGAUGCAUUCGGAGUGCUCACCUGACAAGAGAGUCUCCGUAACAAAUCCUUGUAAUGUUAACGAUAUGGAGCCCCCUGGCUUUGUGAGAGGCUUAAUUGCUGUAGGUUUAUUGGCAUAUAGAGGCUUUUAUGCAUCAGUAAGCGAAGUAUCUGCUGAUGUUAGAAAGGUACUAGAGCUCUUGGUUGGGCGAAUACGUGAGAAGUUAUUUACCAGAAAAGACAGAUACCGCUAUUUCAGAGUUUUGUCACAAGUGGCUUAUCUAGAUGACAUGGUGAACAGCUGGGGAUACAUGCUUCAGAGCUUACAAGCAGAUAAUAGCAUAACAGAGGUAAACUCCAAAACAGUGGCUUUGGGGAGAUUGCAAGCAGAUGAAACAAAUACUGGGAGCACUGGCAUUGCUAAUAAUCAGUCAAACAUGCGGGUCCAUGACAAAAACUGCAACUUGGCUUCAGAUAUUUUUUCUCAGGGAUUUAAAGGUAAUAAUGGUGAAUUUUCUGAUACGUGUAAGGAGCUUGCUAAAUCUGAUGCUGGCAUGAUAGUAGAUGUUCAGAAUACUUUCAGUUAUGCUUCCCUAGCUUCUAAAGAACUCACUUAUGAUGGUAAAUCUUCUGGAUUAGAGGGAGGUCCAGUUGGCUCGACACUGAACACUGUGGAUCAGAGAUCUGCUUCUUCCAUGACUGAAAAUAUUCACAUCUUUAAGGCUAAUAAUGUAUGCCAUCUUGACAGCCAAACGUUACUUUCCAAGUCCUCUGAAAAGGGAACUAGCAAAAGAUGCAGUGUUGUGGACAGUUCCGCCCCUGCCCUCCAAGAUAACGGCAAUAUUUUCCAGGUUUCAUGCCUCUACAGCUGCUGCUCAAAUUGUGUGCAUAUGGUAAAUGCGAUCGCUCGUAAAAUGAUCUCCAUGAACUUGGAAUCGAAUGAAUGUUGCUCUGUCGAUGACGUCCAUGACAUUAUAACAUCAAAUUCUUUAAAUAUUUUAGCAUCAUUUAGGAAAUAUUUCGAAGAAAAUUUUAGAAGGAAACUGCAUUGUCAAGCUCAGCUUGAAGAAGAUCUUAAGAGAAUGGCAUGCCACUGUGAACCUUUCGGGAAGGUAGAACUUUUACCAGUGGAGUGUGACUGCCAUAAAAAGGUGGAGGAUAAUCCCAUAUUACCAAAUACUGGUAGUGGGUCUUUGUUGGAAUCUAAACUAAAGUAUUUCUUCAGAGAUGAUGUACUUGUACAUUUGGUACCUAACGACUGUUCUGAGCUCCAUUGUAAUUUUGAGAAAAUUUGUGUUUGCUCAGCUGUAAUGGUAUUACUGACAAUCAAGCAAACAUUUGAUUUAUGACAUGCACAGCCCAGGCUCCUUCUGGCUUGAAGGAAAAUUGAUUACCUUUUCUGUCAGUAAUUUUAUCUUCCUGAUGGUUCUGUUCCUGAUCUUCAUACAGGAAAAUUGAAUGAUAUUUCCCGAAAUUUUACUGAUCUGUUGAGUCUUGUUAAGAAGGCAGCAAGCUUUGGAGCUAUCAUUCCGGAUGCAAGAAAUAAAUGUGUAAGUGCAUGUUCUUUUCUUAUUUGUAUUUAUUUGUCCAUGUUAUUUUGGUAAAUUAUAGUAUAUUCUGCAUACUGGAAUGUCAAGCAACCAUCUCUGUUUUGCUAAGAAAACUUGUCCA